AUGCUAGUGGCUAUUUUAUUAUUUUUUACUGUUGCAGAAGAAACCGCACAUUCCUGUCCUUAUUAUCAAAAGUCGAGUAUCAGGUCUGCAGGUUGUCGCUCGUCUGCAACGAAGAGAACUGCCAACCUCUCUCCUAACCUUCAUGGACAACAUUGUCGUUUUCAUUUUGUAAAUGGGCGCUUACAAAAAUUGUGCAUGCUGUAUCGGCCAGCAAGGCGACCAGUAAAAGGAUUAGUAUUUGAUGCUAACGAACACUAUUGUCCUGGAGGUGGUGCAGUGGUAAUCACUGAUGGUGGAAAGUUUUCCAGUUGUGAUCUUCUUAGGCAAUGUUCCGGAUCUCAUAUUUGCAACCCACAAUUCGGUAUCUGUUGCACAAAAAUCCGAACGUGCCCGCGUCCGACUAAGGUCAUGCUGAAUGCAAUUACAAACAAGCCGAUUCUAUGUCAGAUUAAAUUCGGACGAGUUAUGAUAUGCCCCAAGGGUGGCUACUGCGAAACAAAAACCGGAUUCUGCUGUCUAGAUAGUGUGACCGUGGCGACCACACCUUCAGUUCGAUCUCGUCCGUGGCUUGGACAGACGUGCAACGUGCGAGAAGGGUGUGAAGGAGGUGCUGCAUGUAUGUGUGACAGACCAAACAGAUGUACUUGUGAAUGUCCAUCAGAACUCGGAUAUGCCUUGAGUUCGGACGGAAAGACUUGUAGCAGAGUUAGAAGGAGGUUGAAGGAAAAAUGCAAAACAGACAUGGAAUGUUCGGCCGCCUUUUCUGAAUGUACGACUGGAGGAUGUCGAUGUAAAAGGGGAUUUCAGAGAGAUGGAAAAGGAGGCUGUAAGCCAAUAGCCUACAAUUGUCUCAAUAAUGGUAAUCCACUGAAGAUUUCAAAUGAGAUCGUGACAUGCUCGAUGCAAACAGUCUUAGCUAAACUGCUAUUUGGUAGUUUGGAAAGCAGAUCAAAGAGGCCUGAACUCUCGAUUAUCAACGGAACUGCCAACUCAGAUGAAACUGGCGACGACUGUCCAGAAGAUUAUUAUUGUGUGCCGUUAUUUGAUGAUGCAUUGAAACCCGGAUAUUACCAAGGGUUCUGCUGUCCAUCACCGGGUCGAAUCCGUCCAGUUUGCCCUGUGGGGGAGCCACACGAGACGAGUUUUCCGCCUGACUACGGUUGCAAUGAUUGCCCAAUAGAGUAUUAUUGUCAUAGAGACCUUUUUUAUCCCGAACUAUCGAUCUGCUGUCCUAAGCCAUGCAUUUCAUUGGAGGAUAUCUAUCAUGACGGACAAUGCUAUCCUACAGCUUUUUAUGGUGACAGCUGUCAUAUCUCUGCCCAGUGCUCACCGUCCCGUAAUUCAACGGACAUCUAUAGUGAGAAUGCACCACUGGAAUGCGUUGAUGGAGUCUGUAAAUGCAGAACUGGCUUUAGCCAUAUCAAUGGCGAGUGCAAAAGAGUGAUGUGCACAGUUGGGCUCCGGGGCGAGCCAUCAGUGGAUAGAAAUAAUCAGCUGAUCAGAUGCGAUCGAUCUUCCGACUGCUCACAGGGGCAGAUGUGUGAUCCGAAUACUCGAGUAUGCUGCAAGGGAGUGAAUAAAUGUCCGAAGGACUAUGUCGAAACGGGAGAAACAUGCGAUAAAGAUGGUUGUAACAACGGCGAGAUUUGCCAUCGACCUAAAACGGGAAAGAUCAAAAUUUGCUGUGCACUUGAGACGUAG